CGGUACCGGCCGGUCCGGGCACGGUUGACCUCGUGGCGCUUCUCGAGCCCCGCAGCUGUUGAGUCCAGCGGCCGCUCCCCUCCAGCGGGUCGGGGCAGAGCAGCGGGGCCGUCCUGGGGCUCCCCGGGGGAAGAAUUGGCAUGAAUCUUCAUGAAGGAGGGAAACACAUGAGAAGAUCCGAUUAGAACCUCAGUGUUUGUUUCAAGAUGCCCCAAAGGGAAAAUACUCAUCUGCAAGUCUCAUCUUUCAAAACUGCCUGUGUUCCUUCAAUCAAAGAAAAAUGUUUUUUGAGAAAGAUGACUUAUGAAGUCUGUGAACAAAGCUGGCUUCACAAGGAUACUGAGUGAAAGACAUCAUGCCUUACAAGGGACACUUAUCUUGAAGAGGUGACACUGUGCUCUUAAAUAAAAACAAAGGCACUUGAAAAACACUGAUCCUAAACAAGAAUAAGGAUUAUAAAAACUGCAUCAGAAUGUUUGUUAGUCCCAGAAGAGUCAGAAAAUGCCAUUUUUUGCAGAUAUUUGCCACUUGCUUCAUACUGUGUCUCAUGAUUUUUUGGGGACCAUUUGAUAAUCACAUUGUGAGCCAUAUGAAGUCCUAUUCAUACAGAUACCUCAUAAAUAGCUACCAUUUUGUGAAUGACAGCCUGUCUAUCAGCAGGGAUAACCUGGACAGAGUAUCAAGCUACCAAUAUUUGAUCAACCACAGAGAGAAAUGUCAGCAGCAGGAUGUCCUUCUGCUGUUGUUUGUAAAGACUUCUCCUGAGAACCGUCAUCGGAGGGAUGCAAUUAGACAAACUUGGGGUAAUGAGAAGUAUGUUCGUUCUCAACUUAAUGCCAACAUUAAAACUCUUUUUGCUUUAGGACGACCAACAGACCAUCUGCAGAAAACAUGGCAGCAAAGGGAACUUGAGCUUGAAGACCAGAAAUACCAUGACUUGAUUCAGCAAGACUUCUUGGAUACUUUUCACAACCUUACUCUAAAAUUGCUUUUGCAGUUUAGCUGGGUGAAUGCCUACUGUCCUCAUGCCAGGUUCAUUAUGUCUGCAGAUGAUGAUAUAUUUAUCCAUAUGCCAAAUCUUGUUGCUUAUCUCCAAAGUCUAACACAAAUGGGUGUUCAAGAUCUCUGGAUUGGUCGUGUCCAUCGUGGAUCCCCUCCCGUAAGAGACAAGAGUAGCAAAUACUAUGUUCCAUAUGAAAUGUACCAGUGGCCCUCUUACCCUGACUACACAGCAGGAGCUGCAUAUGUAAUAUCAAAUGAUGUAGCAGCUAAAGUCUAUGAGGCUUCACUGACUCUCAAUACAAGUCUUUAUAUAGAUGAUGUUUUCAUGGGUCUCUGUGCCAAUAAAAUGGGAAUUGUACCACAAUAUCAUGUAUUUUUUUCUGGGGAAGGAAAGGCUCCAUAUCAUCCCUGCAUUUAUAACAAGAUGAUGACAUCUCACGGACACGUAGAUGAUCUUCGCCAGCUCUGGAAGCAGGCUACAGAUCCCAAAGUUAAAAAGAUUUCUUCAGGGAUUUGGGGUAGAAUAUACUGCAGACUAGUCAAUAUUGUGCUUCUCUGUAAACUGUACUAUGAGGACACAUAUCCUUGUUCAGCUGCAUUUUCUUAAUACUUGAAUAUCUGCACAGAAGAUCCACUGAGCCAAAACAGAGCAACAACUUUUUAGGUGUUUAUUCAAAAUAUAUGUAAACAUGGAAAGAGGUAAAAUUUACAUGUGAAUAUUUGGGGUGGGCAGGGGGAGAGGAAGAAGAUGGUCCCAGAUUUUGUUCAGAAACUUAUUGGAAUAGCUCUCCUGUUGCAACUUUUUACAUUGUACCCUGUUUUUUUACACUCUUCAAGGGAUGCAAGUCUGGAUUAUAAAUGAACUACAAUAGACUUCUAGACUUUAAAAUGCUUGUUGAAAACGUUUGUUGCUUUGAACUUGUCAGUAAGUCUUGAGGGUUUUUUUUAAAGCUGUGUGAACUAAGGCAUGUGGCAAAACAAAAAUCUGUUAUAUCAAAAUGGAAUAGUCCUUUCAAAACAUGAGGAAAGUGGAACUUCUGACUUGAUGAGUGAGAGUAUUGCAGUAGUUUAAGGCAGUGUAAACUCAUUACAAAUAUUCACCAUUUUUCAGUGCUUCAUCGAAAGUCAGUCUGGACCUGCACAGUUGACAGUGAGUGCUAGAAGUGAAGACCUGCUACAAUCAUUUUCUCGAAGUUCCCUAAAUCUUUGAAACAGGGAAAGUGUUUGAAUGCCCUCUGACUUGGUGGUUUUAAGUAAAAAAAGGAGCUCCCUUUAGAACUUGAAGUGACGAAAAUCAAAUACUACUCAUGUAACAGGUUUGGCUAAUAUUUCUCUGCCUUCUGAAAACUGAAUCAGUGUACUUUAACAGUCCAAUCUUUAAUAAGCAAAUAAGCUAAAUGAGUUUUCUUUUAAGAAUGCUUCUGUUUUCCAAUAUUCACGAUUCUAAAGGUUAAAAGCAAGCAAAAGUCACCAAGAAUGUUACUUAGAGCUAAUGUGAAGCUUUUAAAGACUUAAAAAAAGCAAAAUUUUAAGCAGGUACUAGCAAAGAGGGAGGAUA